AUGCUGUCCUUCAGUGGCAUACGACAGGCCUGCCCGAGGUCAAGUCGCCAUCUUCACCUUCUCCGCCCACAAAAUGCCUUGCAUCCCCGACUGCACGGCAGCAGCGAGCUCAAGCGAACCUCGAUAAACGCCCGUCCAUUCUCUAAUUCUUUGUGCCGACAACAAGAUGCCUCGUCGACCGCCGAUGCGACUUCCGCUCAGGAGAUCGAAAGAGUAGUUCGAGAAGCCAAGCAGCGAUUUCGAGACACCCUCCCGAAGGACUAUCUCAACGACCAAGAAUACGCCCUCUACGAGCGACUGUACGGUCCGCCUCUGCGCGAAACCAUCCCCGAGGAUGUUGGAAUACCAACGCAUGCAGACAUGGGGCCUGCACCCCCGCGUCCAGACAACGAGGGAGUGCUUUUGCGACCUCUUGAGGGUGGAGAAUUUGAGGAGGUGACAUACGAGAUCGACCGGCCGACCGAUACUGCGGACUCAGAUGCCGCGCCAGUUCUUGGAGCCUUAGGAGACGCCUCCGUACAAGACCUGAUCCAGAAGCCACCGGGAUACGUUGAAGCUGUAGCUAGGAAUCAGCGCGAGCAUGACGCGCUGCAGAAGCUGGCCCAGGACUUUGAAGCCGCCCAGAAGCAGCCUAAAGAGAGGGAAGACGCCGAGGCGCCGGCCGCUCAAGACCUGGUCGAGGAAGACGAGACAACCUGGCCGAUUGAAGCAGAGUACGAUGGCAGUGAGCGGGAGCCUGGCGAAGUUCGGCGCUUCCACAGAUAUACGCUGGACGGGAGAUUCCACGGCAGCCCCGUCGAGAUUGCCCUUCCGCGCGAGGAAUUCGUGGAGCCAAUCCGCGAACUCCUCGACAGAACCCAUCUCAAACACGUCAAACAAGCAGCUGAGGCUGCAUUUGGCGGCCGAGGCCUCCCAACGUCCCCGGCGACACCAGAGGGCCUCAAGAAUGGUCGCAUGGGCGGCGUCGGGCUCCCGCCCGAUCAGCGCCACAUGACAGAAAUCGAGGCAGACGCUUUCCUGGCCGGGUACCUUCCUCCAGCGUACGCAUCCGUUGCGUCUAUCCUACGUGAAGUGCGGAAACGGGUUGGGAGCGACUGGAUCCAGUCCCGGCUGAAGCAGGGCAAGGAUGGCGGCCUGAGUGUUCUCGAUGCUGGUGCCGGUGGUGCGGGCCUGGUUGCCUGGGAACAAAUCAUCAACGCUGAAUGGCAGCUACUCAAAGAAAGGGGCGAGGUCAAGGGGCCACAACCACCUGGGAAGAAGACGGUCAUUGCCUCGUCCGACCGGCUGCGUAAUCGCAUCAAGGGCUUCCUUCAUGAGACGACCUUUCUCCCGCGGCUGCCAGACUAUGAGCACUCCGGCGAGAUGCACGGCGAGCACCUUGACGCCGGGCACAAACCCCAGCCGCGCAAGUCGUUCGACGUCAUCAUUGCCUCUCACUUGUUCCUCAAGGAGAAGCAGGACCAUUACCGCCAGGCCAUUCUCAACAAUCUCUGGAGCCUUCUCAACAAAGAUGGAGGCAUCCUCAUCGUCAUCGAAAAGGCUCACCCUCGUGGGUUUGAAGCCGUCGCGCACGUACGAGAUACUCUCCUGAAGCAGUUUCUGCUGCCACAGUCUGGGGAACCCUCCCUCACUCCGGAGGAGUUCAACCCUGCAUUCCACCGGGAACUGGAACCUGGGCACAUCGUCGCACCCUGCACAAACCACGGGGUAUGCCCGAUGUACAAGGAACAGGGCAAGAGCAAGGGGCGGAAAGACUACUGCCAUUUCAGCCAGCGAUUUGUCCGACCGACGUUCUACAGCAAAAUGUUAGGAAACACGGCAGACAACCAGGGCGAGGUUGAAUUCAGCUACGUGGUAGUCCGACGUGGCGUGUCCAAGAGCAGUCCAUUGACCGGCAAGGAGGCAACGGAAAGGGCAAUGCUGGGCUACGAGGCCUCCGAGGCUCAACCCGACAUGCAGACGUUGCCGCGAAUGGUGCUGCCUCCGUUGAAGCGGAAGGGCCACGUUACCCUUGACCUAUGCACUCCCGAGGGCAAGAUUGAGCGGUGGACAGUUCCCAAGAGCUUCAGCAAGCUGGCUUACCACGACGCCAGAAAGUCCCGAUGGGGAGACCUGUGGGCUCUCGGGGCCAAGACACGCGUGCUCCGCAACGUUCGGGUUGGAAACGGCGUUGACGAUGGGGGCAAACGAGCCGCGGAUGGGAAGAAGCCGCGCAAGGUUGAGAUCAGCAUGGACGGCGGACGUAUGUCUGCGGCCGAAAAGAACGCGCCGCGAGACCGACGGCCGAAGAGCAAGGAGGCCAAGAAGAAGGAUCUCAUGAAGGAGCUCUUUGCCGCGGAAGAGAGGGAAGAGGCCAUGAUUGAGAAGCAAAUGGACGAGGAAGAGGAGGCGGAGUUGGACGAGGCGAAAAGGAAGGGUCACGGCGAGCGGUGA